AGUUAGUUCAUUAGGCAGGAAUUCCUUCUCUUCCAAUAAAUUUUCCGUAGAAAGCAGAGCAGUUACCAAGAUGAUGUCCAGGUCGUACACCAACCUCCUCGACCUCGCGUCGGGGAACUUCUCGGCGCUUACCCUCGGCGGCGGCGGCGACGGUUCCUGCCGUCUUCGCCGCCGGAUGCCGCGCAACAUGACGGUUCCGGGAUCGCUCUGCAGUCUCGAAGAGGAUGACCGCGACUUCAGCGUCUCCUCCGACGUGCCCUCCUCCUUCUCACAGGACCGCAUCAUCAUCGUCGCCAACCAACUCCCCCUCAGCGUGUUCCGCGGCCCUGAAGACCGACGAUGGUCCUUCGCCUGGGACGAGGAUGCGCUCCCGCUCCAGCUUAAGUGCGGCCUCCCCGAUGAUAUGGAGGUCCUUUACGUAGGCUCCCUCCGCGUGCCUGUGGACGCCGGGGAACAGGACGAGGUCGCUCAGACUCUUCUAGAGCGCUUCCGGUGCGUCCCGGCCUUUCUCCCCGCCGACGUGAACGAUAAGUUCUACCACUGUUUCUGCAAGCAAGUGCUGUGGCCCCUUUUUCAUUACAUGCUGCCUUUCUCCGACAAUGUUGGCGGGCGGCACUUCGACCGCGGCCUCUGGGAAUCCUACGUCCUCGCCAACAAGAUCUUCUCGCAGCGGGUGAUUGAGGUUCUCAAUCCGGAGGACGACUAUGUGUGGAUCCACGACUACCACUUGAUGGCCCUCCCCUCCUUCCUCCGUCGCCGCUUCAAUCGCCUCCGCAUGGGGUUCUUCCUGCAUUGCCCCUUCCCCUCAUCGGAGAUCUACCGCACGCUCCCCGUCCGCGAGGAGAUCCUCAAGGCCCUCCUCAACUGCGACCUCAUCGGCUUCCACACCUUCGAUUACGCCCGCCAUUUCCUCUCCUGUUGCAGCCGCAUGCUCGGUCUCGAGUACCAAUCCAAGCGAGGCUACAUCGGCGUCGACUACUUCGGCCGCACCGUUGGGAUCAAGAUCAUGCCCAUCGGAGUCCACAUGGGCCAGCUCCAAUCCGUUCUGCGCCUGCCCGACAAGGACCAAGACCUCGACGAUCUCCGCCGCCAGUUUGAUGGCAAGACCGUGCUCCUCGGCGUCGACGACAUGGACAUCUUCAAGGGCAUCCAUCUCAAAAUUCUCGCUUUCGAGCAGAUGCUGCAGCUUCACCUGGAGUGGAGGGGACGGGCUGUCUUGGUUCAGAUUGCCAACCCCGCAAGGGGGCGCGGGAAGGAGCUCGCGAGCAUUCAAGGGGAGAUCGUGGAGAGCUGUGAGAGGAUCAAUAAAGCCUUCGGCAAUGCUGGAUACACUCCGGUCGUCUACAUAGACCGCCCUGUUCCUCUCGCCGAGAGGAUCGCGUUCUACACAAUCGCCGAAUGCGUGGUAGUGACGGCAGUCAGAGACGGCAUGAACCUCACGCCGUACGAGUACAUCGUGUGCAGGCAAGGGAUCACUGGCGGCUUCUUUAUCUCUGAGCCGGAAAUCCCAAGGAAGAGCAUGCUAGUGGUGUCGGAAUUCAUUGGGUGCUCGCCUUCCUUGAGCGGCGCCAUCAGAGUGAAUCCUUGGAACGUGGAGUCGACGGGCGAGGCCAUGAACGAGGCGAUCUCCCUAUCCGACACCGAGAAACAACUGCGGCACGACAAGCAUUACAAGUACGUGAGCACUCAUGAUGUUGGAUUCUGGUCUAAGAGCUUCCUGCAGGACUUGGAGCGGUGCUGCCGCGAUCACUUCCGAAAGAGGUGCUGGGGAAUUGGGCUGGGAUUUGGAUUCAGGGUGGUGGCCUUGGAUCCCAACUUCAGGAAACUGACUGUGGAUGGAAUUGUGUCGGCCUACGAGAAUGCAAAGAGCAGGGCAAUCUUUUUAGAUUACGAUGGAACUCUGGUUCCUCCCACCGCCAUUGACAAGAAACCCAGCGCAGAGAUUAUCAGGAUCGUUAAUUUGCUAUGCUUUGAUAAUAAGAAUGUAGUGUUUCUCGUCAGUGGAAGGAGAAGAGAUAGUUUGGCCAAGUGGUUUACUCCGUGCCAAAAGCUUGGGAUUGCAGCAGAGCAUGGCUACUUCAUGAGGUGGACCAGCGAUGAAGAAUGGGAGGUUUGUUGCCAAAACACCGACUUUGGCUGGAUGCUGAUGGCUGAGCCAGUGAUGAAAUUGUAUACUGAAUCUACGGACGGAUCGUAUAUGGAAACAAAAGAAAGUGCGUUGGUUUGGCACCAUCAAGAUGCUGACCCGGGCUUUGGUUCUGCACAGGCUAAAGAAAUGCUCGACCACCUUGAAAGUGUUUUAGCCAACGAACCUGUCUCAGUGAAAAGCGGUCAGUUCAUCGUGGAAGUCAAACCUCAGGGAGUAAGUAAAGGUUCGGUUGCAGAGAAAAUCCUGUCUUCCAUGGUGAAGGGCGGGAGACAGGCAGACUUUGUGCUGUGCAUCGGCGACGACAGAUCCGACGAGGACAUGUUCGAAGGCAUCACUGACAUGGUGACGAGGAACUUAGUCUCCCCUUACACUUCGUUGUUCGGUUGCACAGUCGGGCAGAAACCAAGCAAAGCCAAGUAUUAUCUCGACGACACUAGCGACGUCGUAAACAUGCUCAGGGCCCUCGCGGAGUCCUCUGAGAAAUCCUCGUUGCCUACGGACAUUCCUAAACCUGAAAUCUGACCAGUCAUAAACUAGAUUUUUUUUAUUUUUGUCAGAGAAUUUCUUUCUGAUGCAGCCAAAUUUACAAAUAAACCAGGAAAGUGUUCUUGUUUAUAUACUUAUUUUAUUGGUCUGCCGUUUGUUGGCUUAAGAACUUGUCUCUUUACUGGCCCUUUUUUUAAUAGGAGAAACAAAUAAGAAAAUCAAUUAAAGAUAUAUUCUAUUGCUGUCUCGAUGGUAUGCCACAGGCCAAGAAGGCACGCGAUAAUUGACCUCGGCUCGAAUCCGGAUCUUCUCGGACUCCCCCUUCGGCCUUCCAGUGCCGCGAUCCCCUUUCCUCUUUCCUUUCCUUCUCGAGAUCCUCGGCGGAGAACGAGGCGCCGACCAUCCCAUCCCAUGAUCCCAUCUCCCCUCCCCUUACCCUUCUCCAAUUCUAGAUAAAGCUCCCGCCCUCAAUACUGAUCCAUUAGGUCGCGCUGCGUGGAACCAUGGGCUGCGCUGGAUCCACUGCUGCCAAAGUAGAAG